AUGGCGACGUCUGAUCUGGAUCAACUGGUGAUGAUGGGCUUCGACAAGGAGCGCAGUGAAAUGGCGCUGAAGAAUACAGGGAGUCUGGCAGAUGCGAUCGACUGGCUCGAUGCAAACUCGUCAAAGUCCCUAGAAGAACUGAAGGCCGAGAAGGACGCAGCAGCGGAGGCAAAGGCAGCAGAGGCAGCCGAGGAGGCGCGAAGCCUUGUGUGCAAUGAGUGCGGGAAGAAGUUUAGAGGGACCACUCAGGCCGAAUUCCACGCAUCGAAGUCUGGCCAUACCGACUUCUCAGAAUCAACCGAAGAAAUCGCCCCCUUGACCGAAGAAGAGAAACAGGCUAAACUUGCAGAAUUGAGAGAGAAAUUGGCCGCCAAACGAGCAGUCCAGUCCGAACAAGACAAGGUCGACAAGAAGCGGAAUGAACAAAUCAACCGAAAGAAGACCAAGGAAACAGAAGAUCUCAAGGAGCAACUCAAGGCCAGGGAGCAGAUCAAGGAGGCGGAAAAGAAGAGACGAGAGAAACAAGAGGACAUCGACGCAAAGAAGCGGAUUCAAGCCAAGAUCGCCGCUGAUAAAGAGGAACGAAGGUUGCGAGCAGAGCGGGAAAAGGCUGAGCGAGCUGGGGUGGCACCUCCAGUUGCAGCAGAACCCCCUCCGACAGCAGCUCCAGCACCCUCCAAGCCAGCGUCAGAGUAUAAAGAGACGCGGUUAAGGCUGCAGACUUCGACGGGAAAUAUCAUGAAAACCUUUCCUGUCGAGACAACCUUGUUCGAGGUCGCAGCGGCGGUGGGGGAGGAAACCGGCCUGGAUGUGGAAAGCUUCACACAGAACUUCCCCAGAAAGGUCUUCAACCAGGAAUACUUUGGGGAGAGCUUGAAGGAUCUAAAGCUCGUGCCCAGUGCCAGCUUGAUUGUGAAGUAG